GUGAAUUAGAUUCUAGUUCAGAGAUGGAGAUGUCAGGCUCAUUUUCUACCAUCUCUGAGGAGCAGCUGUGGAGGCAAGAGGGAAGGAGCAACACCACAACAGACUUGGUUGAGCAGAGUCUCAUCUCAUCUGAGGAAUGGCUUCAACUGCAUGGGCUUAAGAGCAACAAAUUGACCUUGAAGCAGAUUUUGUCACAGAUUGGAUUCCCACAUUGUGAAGACUAUGUGACUUCUCUGGGGAGACUUGUGGCUUCCCGGUAUGCAGAUGGCCUGUUUCCACGGUUCUACAGAGCAGAAGAUGGCAAAGUAUACAAUUUGACAGCCAAGUCAGAACUUAUCUAUCAGUUUGUGGAACAUUUAACACAAGCUUUGGAGAGCUACAAGCAGCGGAUGGACUGGGUCACUAGCAAAAGCCGACAGAUUUUUGGUGUCAUCUUGGAACAGUGCAUCACCAUAGUGCUGGAUUUUGGCGGCAUGCUGGAGGAGGAGCUUAAUCUGUGCCAAGAUGCUUUAAUAAUGGUCCUCCAGGAGCAGGUGGCUCACAUAGCCAAGUUCAAUAUCAUAUGGAUUUCUCACGAGCCUGUGAAAUGGCAGGAAAAUGCUGCUCCUGUGACAGAACAGUCCAUCGCUGCUGCUGUCCGUUGGGUUGAGGAACUGACUGUUGAGCUGGCUGUGAGUCAGGCUAGCCACCUGGACGCUCUGCUGGAAGCUGGGAAAGACAAAACUAUUGAAUCCAUUUACUACUUUGUGGUGGGGGAUGUUUCUGAGGAAUCCAAGGAGCUUCUCCUUCAGAGAGCUUUGGAGAUCCCAUAUCCUGUCUGCACAGUGUCCUUCAAUGCCAGAGGAGAAGGCACUAUAGCUUUCUUAAAGGAUCUGAGCGCCAAGACCCACGGCAGAUUCCAUGCAUUUGCAGAGAGAACAGAGUGUGUGGAAUUUCCUGCAUUCCCCAUCAAGGAUGGUGACAGUGUAAUUACUUGGAAUUCAAGGAAACUGAAAGGAAAACUCCCUCCAGGAGCUGGGGUCAGAGAGGACGUGUUUCUCAUUUGGAAGGAGAUGGAGGAAGCCUACAGCACACUGGCCCAGAUUCAGAGGCUGGUGGCCGAGCCUCCCAAGUCCGACGUGGCCACGGCAGACCGCGAAUCAGGAGCAACCUCUGCUGAGAGCUACUCAAAUCCAGAGGACACUUGGGACUCCAAGAAGUGGCUACAGAAACAUGGCUUGAAAGCCCGGAGGCUGUCAUUUUAUGACGUCCUUGCUGACUGCUCCUUCCGCCACAUUGAUGGAGUUGUUGAUAUAAAAGCCAAACCAGAGAACGAGUCCGUGCAGACCAGUGCGGAGACCAACAAGAAGACAGUCCAUGCAAAAUACUGCAGUAGAUUUGUCCAUGCUCCCUGGAAGGACGGGAGUUUGGUCCAUGUCUGCAUUACCAAGGAGAAGUACUCACGGUACAGUGAGAGAAUUCGUGCAGUCCUGGCCCGGAUCCAGAGGAGGAUUAAAUGGCUACAGCACGGGAGUCAAAUGCUCUUUGGAAAAGUGUGUAAUGAUUGCGUCUAUGUUCUCAUUGAUACAUCUCACUCAAUGAAGGGAAAACUGGACUUGGUGAAGGACAAGAUCAUCCAGUUUAUACAGGAACAGCUGAAAUAUAAAAGGAAAUUCAAUUUUGUGCAGUUUGAUGCUCAAGCAGUUGCAUGGCAGGAAAAACUUGUUGAAAUCGAUGAAGAUAAUUUGAAAGGGGCUCAGUCCUGGGUCAGAGACAUGAAGAUUGGAAGUUCCACGAACACCCUGAAUGCCCUGCAAAUUGCUUUUGCUGAUAAAGAAACACAAGUAAUCUACCUUUUGACAGAUGGGAGACCUGAUCAGCCACUUGAAAUGGUUAUAGACCAAGUCAAAGUUUUUCAGAAAAUUCCUAUUUACACCAUCUCCUUCAAUUACAAUGAUGAGAUUGCAAAUGGAUUUUUGAAAGAGCUUGCUGCUUUGACUGGAGGAGAGUUCCAUUCUUAUAAUUUUGGCUGCAAGGAUCCCUGUCUUCCAGAGGCUGUUCAGAAUGAAGAUCUGACUCUUUUGAUUAAGGAAAUGGAGCAGGGACGCAGUGACCUGGAGAAGGUGCAAAACCUUUAUUUGGAGUCCUUGAUCAUGGACUGGUGGUACAAUGGAGAAAAGGAAGGGGACAACAAGCAUCAAAAAGAAAUCUGUUCUAUGGUUUCAACCCCCGAAAAAUGUGCAGAACCUCACUCUGAUGUUGAAUCAACAAGAACGUCAUCCCUAAAUAUGUCAAAAGUACCAGGGGACCCGUCAAAUCAAAAGACUCAGAAAAAGAAAGUCCUCCACGCAGAAGCAACCAAAACCAGCCUGCUCAGAAGCCAGAUGUCCUCCCUCAAGAGCUCAGCUUGCAGAGAGAGGAAGGAUGGCCAUUCCCAGUCCAGCAGCUGGAACACUCCGAGUGCCAGAGAAAUGAGCAUCCUCCUGGCAAAUGAAUAUCCAGAUGACAAAGCAUUAGAAAGACUGACUCGAGAAGGGAGCCAGGUUUAUGACCAAGAUUCUUUAGGUAUAUCUUCAGCAAUCUGGCUCAAGACCCAUGGCUUGGUUGCCAAGAAACUCACCAUCAUGGAUGCCUUGUCAGUGGCAGCAGUCCCUCACAGCCCCACCUACGUUCCCAUUCUGGACAAGUAUGUUGUGUCCAAGGUCUUUGAUGAGGUAUUCCCUCUGGCACAUGUGUGCAAUGACACAAAUAAGAUGACGUUAAUUAACCCCCAGGGAGUCAAGCUCAAUAUCUACAAGCAAAAAGUCGAACAGGCAAUUAAGUCCUAUGAAAGGCGCUUGAAUAAAAUUGUUUGGCGAGCACUAUCUCAAGAGGAAAAAGAAAAGUUAGAUGCAAACAAACCAAUCCAGUACUUGGAAAACAAGGCAGCUGUGAACAAGGCAUUAGAACGGUUGAAUUGGCCCAUUUCAUUGAAAGAGUUGUCGAUGCUGGAAAAUGAAAUCCUAGCUGGGAAAAUGUAUGUCCAGCAGGCCGUGGAACUCCAGGAGGCUGCCAAGAAGGAGAAUUAUGUGAGCAGGGCACUAGGAGAGCAACAGAAAUUUCAAGGAAAUCCAACAAAGAAAAUCAAAUCAAAAAAACUGGAUCCCCUCAAAGGCCAGAAGGUUAUUGCAAGAUGUGAUGAAAAUGGCUUUUAUUUUCCAGGGGUUGUGAAGAAGUGUGUGAGCCCCACCCACGCACUGGUGGGCUUCAGGUAUGGAGACACCAAGGUGGUGCCCACCUCCUUCAUCACUCCUGUGGGGGGAGCCAUGCCCUGCCCGCUGCUCCAGGUUGGAGAUUAUGUAUUUGCCAAAAUUGUGAUACCCAACGGAUUUGACUUCUACAUCCCUGCCAUUGUCAUAGCCCUUCCGAAUCAGGAUGUGGGUGAAGACAAAUUCUACACAGUUUUGAAGUGUAACAACCGGAGAGAAUUUUGCCCUCGGAGUGCACUCAUCAAGAUCAGCCAGAAAAAGUAUGCUCUCUCUUGCUCUCAUAUAAAGUCACCCCCAAUGCCGCAGGAUUCAAAAGUGGAGGAUGUGGACAAGAGGAACUCUGCUUUCCUAAUAUGGCCAUUCAAAGAAGUUGACACUGGAGAUUUACGAGAGCAGAGACAGGAGAACCCUAGAAGGAAGAAAAAGAAACCUGCCAGGAGGCUGCCUCUCCAGGAGAUGGUGUCCUUGGACUCGGAGGACUCUUCUCAUGGCAUCAGGUCCCAAGAGUCCUACCCCAAGAAACACCUCAAGCCCAAGGUGGGAGGUGGGGUGGCAUCGUUUAUUUCCGGAACAUCCGAAGUAGCCAGCCACACCAUCGCCGCCACACUUCCACCUCGAGCAGUCCUGCCCUGCCCUCGUAGAGCCACCCAUAGCAGCAGAAGGCUGAGGCCCAUCUCUGAGAAUCCUUAAAGCAGUCUAGUGGCAACUAUGUUUAAGAGAGCCAGCGUUCCUCCAGGGCUGUACAGACCUCAGCCACUCGACGCUGUGGAACUAGCCCCUCUGCUGAGGUAAGGGUGCCCUUUAUUCUACCUGUGACCUCCCUGUUUGUACAAAAGUUAGACUUCUCCAACAUCCCCCACCUGGAUCUCCUACCUGUUUGAGCUUAUCGGUUCUGGCUUUUCCCGACCAUUCAUCAUCCUAUUAUUUUCCCUGUCCUCACAAAACUGUGCUCCAUCUCCUGGUAAACUCUCCAUGCCCAGAAGUUUAAUCUGACAGAUUACUGUCAUAGGAUCUUCAGAUUUUUUGGAAGUCAAUGUAGUUAUAAUCAAGGCCUGCAGUCUUAUUUUAAAUUGAUUACCUCAUCUGAAUUAGGGAUUUUAUCACUUACUGUUAGAACUUAAGAACUUGUCUGAGAUCUGCAAAACUGAGAAGUCCCUAUUUUUUUUGUUUUCUGGAAAUUUUUAUUGAGCCCUCCCUAAUUAUUUUUGUCUAUAGUCUGUUGUAGGUACAUCUAAUUGAGCACGGAACCAGAAUAAAAACUCUUAGGUUGAAAACGUUUCAAAACUCCUGGGUUGUUUAUUUAUUACUGUUUUCUUUGAACACAUCUCAGCAAUUACAUAUAAAAUGACAUAUAUGGCUUCUGUUUGUUAAUUUCUUAGUGAAAUCAGCUUCACUAAUUUCAAAAAUGAAAUAGCUCUCCCAAGUUCUCUUUUUCGAGUCAGUAAUAGCCCCUAGAUAAUAAUAGGGUACAGAUUAUUAAUAAGAAAAAUAUUGGAUGCUUUCUGCAAAUAGAAAAGAUACAGCAGUGUUCUGAUACUUCAGAAAGUUGCAACCUAAUUAAAAGUGGUGCUCAGAGAGGAUAGUGUCAACAUGGUGGUGUAGACGGACUCUGAACUGACCUCUUCCCAUGGACACAACAAAUUUACAACUACUCUUGAACAAUUACUCCUCAGAGAGAGCUGAAAACUUGAUGAAAAGAAUCCCCACAAAAAGGGACAGUCCUGACUGAGUUGGAAGAGGCAGAAAUUCCUGUCUGGAGAGGAAAAAACCACCUUCUGGCUGAGACACUUCACGGCCAGUCAAGAGCAAUCUUAAAGUAUGACGCUUUCCCAGGAAGAGCAGGGGAUCUGAGCAGGGGAACAUUACCACAAUAAGCAGCUUUUGAACUCAGCACAACCAAGACAAAGGUCACAAUAUCUGGCUUUUCUGGCUAUUAACUUCAACAGGGAAUACCCCCAGAAAAGCUAUCGGACAUAAGGGAAAAAAGCCUGCUCUUAAAAGGCCCACGCACAAAUUCAUCCAUUUAGGAGAGCAACCUAAAAUCACCAGAAGAAAAGAUGAGCAGUCCUUUGGUGAAAAUGGACUCACUUGAUAGGCUCUUGGCGCAUCUCAGUGAGAGAUGAGGCCUCCCCAGGCUAGGACCACCUCCCCAGGGGACUGAGACAAUGGCAGCAGCCAUUAUUGUGACCUAGUACAGCUGUGCUGACACAGACACUGGCAAAUGCCAUUGGAGUUUGUCUCAUGGCCUGUUAGCACAGGAGACAGCCUCACCUACUAGAGCACUGAUUUAAUCCACCUCAGCCAGAGCAGGCAGCCCACCCUAGGGACUGGCCACACCCAACAGCAAGCCCUCGGGGAAACUUGUGGGCCCUCAUGGGGGGGGGGUGCCUGGAACCUCUGCAGCCUGGCAAGUGGGUCUGCCUCUGUGGAGCAGGCAAUGUACAAGGUGCAGGCCUGCAUUGGUGGAUUGUGUAGGGCCUCUGCAG